UCUGCCCCGGCCCCCAUGGCUUCAGCCGGCAGCGGGAUGGAGGAGGUGCGCGUGUCUGUGCUGACCCCGCUCAAGCUGGUGGGGCUGAUGUGCAUCUUCCUGUCGCUGUGCCUGGAUCUGGGAGCCGUGCUGAGCCCGGCCUGGGUCACGGCCGACCACCAGUAUUACCUGUCCCUGUGGGAGUCCUGCCGCAAGCCCGGCAACUUGGACAGCUGGCUCUGCGAGUCCACCCUGCGCAGCGACUGGCAGAUAGCGACUCUCGCUUUGCUUCUGGGCGGUGCUACCAUCAUUCUCAUAGCUUUCCUGAUUGGUUUGAUCUCGAUCUGUGUGGGGUCUCGGAGGCGGUUCUACAGACCACUCGCAGUCAUGCUCUUUGCAGCAGUUGUUCUUCAGGCGUGCAGCCUGGUCCUUUAUCCAGUCAAGUUCAUCGAGACAGUCAACUUGAAAAUAUACCAUGAGUUCAACUGGGGCUAUGGCCUGGCUUGGGGUGCAACUAUAUUUUCAUUUGGGGGUGCCCUCCUUUAUUGCCUGAACCCUAAGAUCUAUGAAGACUACUACUAGUACUACUUUAGUUUGAGAAAAAGAAAAGAAAUAACAAAAGGAUUACUCCAUCUUUUCUAACUCGCUGUUUUUUAGAAUACUUGUGGAGCACCAAGCAGUCUGCUCUGUUGAUUUAAUAGCCUUUGCCUUUUGGCUGCAAACACUAUAACUAGCUUUUACAUCCAUUUAAGAGAACUGCGAAAAUUAAGAUUGCUAAUCUUACACAGGCAAAUGUUGGAAGCUGCUGCUACGUUAAUGUCAUUUUUCUUGACAACAAGCAAAGGAUCUAGAUACAGCGAUCAUUGUGAGCGACGUUGCUGGAAUGAAAAUGCAGUGCCUGCUUCUGCCAUCGCCUGCAGGGGAGCAGCUGGCAUAAGCUCCAUUUAGAAGUUUCCUUAUAUCAUGGUGGAUUCAGAUGUCAUGAUAAGCAGGUGGUGCCAUCUUACAUCAAGUGGUGUUGGGCCCUGGUCACUUGCUAGAAAAAGCUCUGGAGGAAUUAGUUGCAAAUGACCAUGUGUUGG